AUGCGUGAUGAUCAUGGCUAGCAACAUCUCCCUACGCAUGCUAACACCUAGAUGGGCAUACUUGCUCCCUAUUGAACGACUCAGACGGGUGGAAGCUGGAUUCACCAAUAUAUUUGCCUUCAUGAAAUCUCAGGUUGCAUAUCGCCUAGACAGCAUAAGAAAAAACGAAAUGGUAGAAGAUGACGAUCUGGGUACAAACACAGUCUUCAAUAAUAUAGUGAAAGCCAGCGUCGAUGGUGGCAAAUUUACGCUGAAUGAAGGUGAAGUGAUAGGAAAUACAUUUGUGAUGCUAUUUGCUGGCCAUGAAACGUCGUCACGGACGCUGACGGCAGCUUUGGCGCUGUUGGGCUUGUACCAAGAUAAGCAGGAACAAGCCUUAUUUGAAAUUGAGCGAGUGCUGCCUGGCCGUCGAGAGCCGAUUAUCCAAGAUUUCGAGUCCUUUAAGUAUAUAUUGAAUAUCAUUCAAGAAACGAUGAGGCUAUAUCCACCCAUUCCACUUGUGGUCCGAGAGGCUAUCCAGGAUACCCUACUAACCAUCACAGAUCCCACGACUGGGCAGAAAGUGCGCGAUGUCGUUA